GCCAUUCUGGCCUGGAAGCCUAAUAAUAAUAAAUUAAGACGUUAUAGAGAAAAAUAAAAAAAGACUAAUGAAAACAGACAGAGGGCGCUAAUCGUCAAACUAUAGACUAUAUAGCUCCAAAAUAGAAUAUAUAUAUACAUAAAAAAAGAAUCGAGAAGGGGGCGGAGAGCGCUGACGUAUGUCUCUGCUUCUGACUUCUGCCUGUCAACCCAGCUGCCCCAUGAUGGCGCGCUCGUUUCGUGUUUGUGAUUCUUCCCUGCUUACCUGCUUCCUCCUGCGGCAGAUCUGGGCCAGAGCAGCCCGGAGAAGCGCCGAGUAUGCAGGCAGGAGCUACAGCACAAAACCGGCGCGACUUCCCAGGAUGGAGUACCAGGACGCGGUGUGCACCCUCAACACUCUCCAGACCAAUGCCAACUACCUGGAGCUGGUGAAGCGGGAGCGCGGACAGCCACAAAUGCAGCUAGAGGCCAUGAGACUGUUCCUGCAGCGCACUGGCCUGAGGGUAGAAGAUUUGGAUCAGCUCAAUAUUAUCCAUGUGACGGGAACGAAGGGGAAGGGGUCGACUUGCGCAUUCAGCGAACACAUUCUCAGGAACUGCGGCCUUCGGACUGGCUUUUACAGUUCACCACAUUUGGUACAAGUCCGGGAGAGAAUCCGAAUCAAUGGACAGCCAAUCAGCAAAGAGCUCUUCACCAAGUACUUCUGGCAGGUCUACAACCGAUUGGAUGAAACCAAGGAUGCUCACUACGGCUCCAUGCCGGCCUACUUCCGCUUCCUCACCAUCCUGGCCUUCCAUGUCUUCCUGCAGGAGAAGGUGGAUUUAGCCCUGAUAGAAGUCGGUAUUGGAGGAGCUUAUGACUGCACCAACAUCAUCAAGAAGCCAUGGGUGUGCGGAGUGAGCUCCCUGGGAGUCGACCACACCAGCAUCCUCGGGGACACCAUCGAGAAGAUCGCCUGGCAGAAGGGGGGCAUCUUCAAGCCUGGAGUGCCAGCCUUCACAGUGAAGCAGCCGGAGAACCCCAUGAAGGUGCUGGCAGAGCGAGCGCAAGAGAUCGGGUGCCACCUGCAGGUGUGCCCGGACCUGGAGCAGUACGAGUCUGACAAGCAGCAUCUGCAGCUGGGGCUGGCAGGAGGGCACCAGAGAUCCAAUGCCACGCUAGCACUGCAGCUGUGCCGCAGCUGGCUCCAGCGCUGGGGACGCCACGAAGCUUUCCUGUCCCUCCCGAAGACGGAGCUGCUCUCGAGCCACUGGCCUGCCCUGGCUCCAGCCUUCCAGCCCAGCCCAGCCAUGGUGACAGGGCUGCGUGACACCAAGUGGCAUGGCCGGAGUCAGACCAUAAGGAACGGCCCAAUCUCCUACUUCGUGGACGGGGCUCACACCACCCGCAGCAUGCUGGCCUGUGUGCGCUGGUUCAGAGAGGCUGCGGCAGAGCAGGAGAGGACUGCAGAGGGGCCAGUGGUGCGUGUGUUGCUGUUUAACGCUACGGGGGAGCGAGACUCUGCAGCGCUGCUUAAACUCCUAGUGCCUUGCCAGUUUGACUUCGCUGUCUUCUGCCCCAACAUCCCUGAGACUGUCUCCUCUAGCAACGCAGCAGACCAGCAGAACUUCAACGUAACCGUGGAGAACAUACUGACGCGUUGCCUGGACAACCAGAAAAGCUGGUGGCGUCUGACUGAGCAGGGGGCGGGGCCGGGGGAGGAGCUGCUGCUGCCGGGCGGGUUGCCCUUGGUGGAGGUGGGGAUGCGACGGUGGGGGGCCAAGCCCCUGGUAUUCCCCUGUAUCCUCAGCGCUCUGCAGUGGAUCACACAAGGACGGGACCCCCAGCUGCCCUGCGAUAGCAAACCCAGGGCCGGCUCUGCAGCCAGAGCUCUGAGAGAGGCGGGGGCUGUGCAGGUGCUGGUGACAGGCAGUCUGCACCUGGUAGGGGGGGUCUUGAAGCACCUGGACCCCUCCUUGUCUUAACCCCCCCCUGUUCUCAUCCAGCCCCUCUCCGCUGCAACACUGUUUCCAGGUAUCCUUCUGAUGCUACUGCAGUGAGCAGCCUGGAUACUGGCAGCAAUCUCCCUGUCAGCAGUGCAGACUGCAGGGGUUUGGUCUACAGCUCCAAAGAGUUCACACAGAACUUAUUCCACGUCUUUCUAUGAGUUCAACUGUAAACAAAACCUGAGCCCAAAGUUGUUAAUCUGGAUGUUUAUAUAGAAGAUACCACUGUGCAUUUAGUGAGGUAUGGGGUACACUGUGAAGGUGGGUUCUGUUUAUUGUCCCCCACUAAACAGCAGUGCAUUCCCUAUCUCUGUGACCCUGCCAAAGGCUCGCUCUGCCUGGACUGGGUGCCUUCGUCAUUUCAAACCGUACUUGUAUUUGUGUUUUUGUUUUUUUAUGUAAAACUACGAAGCCUGUGUUAAUCAGAAAAGUGUGUAGGUUUCCAAUUUAUUUCCAUGUAACAAUUCAUAGAUUCAGAAUAGAGGGAGUGUUGCAUUGGCCUUCACGCUCUCACUGGAUAAGGAGGAAAAAUCGUCAGGGACUGUUUCACUGAGCUACUGGCCAGGCCCCGUGAGCUGAACUGCAGGGCUGGCCUUCGUCCUCCAGGGAUGCUGACAGCUGCUGUUGAGCUCUUGGGUGUAAAGAACUCUGACUCUUCAUACUGGAUAGCCCCCAUUUCCAGCUAGCUGUGUGUAAAUGAGUCAUGAAAUACAGUGGGCAGUGAUUACUCUUUCUGCAGUUAUUAACUAAUCUCUUCUUCUUUUAUUUGAAAUGUAAUCUUACUUUCAGCAAGCAUUCGGCCACUGGCAGUUGAAGUAUGUAUUGAAGGGUAGUGCAUAGGUACAGCAUGACAAGCAGUGUACAGAAUCUUUAUGGAAACAGGUUUCCCUUCCACCCUGCCUUUACUUCUGAUACCCAUAAGACAUGGGCACAACAUUCAGAUUUCACAAAAGAAAUAAUUCAGUUAUGAUAUGCAGCCACCAGGUGGCACCCUGGGCCAUACAAUAUCCUUGUAAUACCUGUAAACCCAUCUAAGUGUAUUUGACUGUAUCGUUUGUGCCACUGCCUAAACGUAUAACAGGAGUGCUCCUUGUGUUCACUUUCUAAACAUAGCAAACAGGUAUUCUUUAAGAAAUAGAAGAAUUCUAGAGCAGCAGCUGGCUUAUAAGAGAGCAUUUCAAAUGAAACCCUGCUGUCACAGGGAGAGACUGUGGAGAUUAAUGUAAUGCACAUUUGAGAACCGUCAAACUGUCUGAAAGUGUGUAUUUUUGCCAAGAUGCACUUAUACCGUGUGGGAUAUAAAUACUGAUUGCCAUCAAGGUGCAUCAAUACUGUAACACUGUCUAGGGUUUCUAUACUGAUUGCCAUCAAGAUGCAUCAAUACUGUCUAGGGUUUCUAUACCGAUUGCUAUCACUGGCCCCUCUUGUUAUUCCUAGGUUUAUUUUAAGCUACAGUUGCAAUGAUUUUGAACAGGGGAACUGAGACUCUCUAUGUUGAUCUCUCUGGAAGAAACGCCCUUGUUUGAAGCUUUUCCCAGACUAGCUGUGUGUGAAUCCACUACACCUUGGAAACAGAGAGCUGUGACUCUUCAUACUGGAUAGCCUCCAUUUCCAGCUAGCUGUUAUGUCUUUAAUACAGAACUGGAUUUAGAAAGUUAAAUGGGUAUUACAAACUGCCCCAAGACAUGUUUCUGUCUGUUUGGUCCAUGUCUUUGGGAGUGCUACUUGUUAAGUUGACUACACUUUCAAUCAACUUGAUUAAUGGUGUAGCUGAGGGUUGGUGGGAAUACUGAGUAUUAAUGCAAAGUUAGAGGUCUGCACCUAAUAGACCAUUGUUUAAAAGAUUUAAGACCAACUUCAUAGUUGUACUGCUGAAAGGGAAUCAGAAGGUGAUAUCAGAGCUCUUGUGAUGUUUCUCAGAACAGCAGCUCUACUGCAGUGGGAUCUGUAAGAAAACAGUUCAUGAUCCAAAUACCGCUGUCCUUUUAUCUGAUACUGACUGCCAUAGGUUAGCUCUGUAUUACCUAUGGGAAGCUAAAUGAAAAUGUGAAAGGGGAAGGACACUCUUUUUUUCUGUUUUACAUUGUAGGUGUUUGUUGUGCACUGGUAGCAUUUUAUAAGAAGCACCUAUGGAAGAUUGAACCUAUUUCUGAAACCGUAUGGAGCAACUUCAACAAAAACAAUGGAAAGUUCUUUGGGUAUCUGAGUUGUAGGGGAGCUAUGAGAUCCUUGUGAAAGAGGUCAGGUAUCUGAGUUGUAGGGGAGCUAUGAGACCCUUGUGAAAGAGGUCAGGUAUCUGAGUUGUAGAGGAGCUAUGAGAUCCUUGUGAAAGAGGUCAGGUAUCUGAGUUGUAGGGGAGCUAUGAGAUCCUUGUGAAAGAGGUCAGGUAUCUGAGUUGUAGGGGAGCUAUGAGACCCUUGUGAAAGAGGUCAGGUAUCUGAGUUGUAGAGGAGCUAUGAGAUCCUUGUGAAAGAGGUCAGGUAUCUGAGUUGUAGGGGAGCUAUGAGAUCCUUGUGAAAGAGGUCAGGUAUCUGAGUUGUAGGGGAGCUAUGAGACCCUUGUGAAAGAGGUCAGGUAUCUGAGUUGUAGGGGAGCUAUGAGAUCCUGGUUUAGACUCCUUAGCCUUCACUUGGCUUCUUCAUGUAACACGGCAGCAAGGAUGGCAUCUUACUGACUGUAAUAUCUAAGGUACGAAUUAUUAUACUAUAUUUAUUUUUCACACUUUUCUGUGCCAAGAGUCUGUGAUAAAAGAAAUGAAGCUUCUUUAUACUGAUGCAGCAGACCACAGGCCAGUCCCACUGCAGACUUAAAGGCAGCUUCCAGUUAUUAAAUUAAUUUAUUUCUAUUAACUCUAUAGAUUGGACUGGUUUGGCAGGAGUUUUCUGCAUUGCAGAUUAGGUCAGCAUUUUUGUAAAAAAAUCUUUACUUUUUUGUUUUGCUUCUAGUUUUAAAAAUCUGUACUUGUGUUAAGUCAAGCCCACCCAAUCUAUAAUGCUGUGUAAAUGGGGCUGGAAUCAGCUUUCCCUGCACACUACCAGGUCCAAGAUCGAAGGCCAUUUCUGUGCUGUCACCAUUUUUACCACACGUUUUUAAAAUGAUUAUUUUCAGCACAGAUUCUGCACUAUUCCUAGCUCUGUGUGUGGCAGUGCAGGCUGCCAUUAUUCCCUUUGUCUGGUUACAGUUUCAGGUAAGGAAUGCCCUGUUUGAGAACAUGAAAUUGGAGUGCACUCAUUUUUAUGCCAAAGAACAUGAAACUCGAAUUUGGGUAAUUCAAGAUGAAUUGUUUGGAAAUGUGUAUCUGGUUUGAUAAUGACAAUAACUAAAACUAUUGAAAUAUAUUUAUAACAUGGGUUUGAAGUCCUCUUCACUCCCAUUUUGCUGUGCCAAUGGAACUCAAGAGGUGGAUCUGAAUAACGCACGUCCGUCUUAGUUUUACAAGCCUUAAAACGGGGAUCUGCCGCUGUACAAAGGUUACCUUUAACAGUCAGUGCCUGUGAAACACAAAGGGCUCCGUUACAAUGAUACAAUGAUCGAUAUAGCACUGGGGUUUAGACCUGCCAUCAUUUUGAAUGGAAUAGACCACACUGCGUUCACCCCUGGGUGGGCAGAAUUGAGUCUUAACUGGCCCAUUGUUUUGAACUUUCAUUGCUGUGCCAUAGGACAGCGCUAGAGCUGAUAAGGGUGUUCAGGUGUUCACUAAUGUUAGGAUUCUAGAGCUGAAACUACUGCAUUAAGUCAUUCAUUUGAUCAAUACUGUAAUUUGUGACCUAAAUGAAAUAAAUAAUAAAACUGCAA